AUGAAUUUUAAAAAUUUCCUCUUCAUACUUAACGGUCUGCUUAUAUUAAGUCCCGUUUGUAGAACUCAAAGUACAUAUAACUAUGGUGGUCUCGAAACCGAUAAGCUAACUGCCGCUGCUGUUAGUGCUCCGAUACGUCCGCUGACGGCUGCUUAUCCUUCCGCUACAACCGGUGCGGCCGUUUUUCCUACUGCACCCACCGCUUUCGGCGGCGUUGCAGCUUCAGCCGCCACUGCUCCAGCAGGAUCCUUUGGGGGUUUCGGCGCCACAUCUCAAGGUCAACGUACUCUAACACCUCUUUCGCCCAGCACAACGGGCAAACGUCCUUCAACUCUACCGCAAAGGCCUACAGCCGCUUCUGCGGCUGGUUCACCCGGACUCUACGGACAAUUUGGUGUUACUGGUGCGGUUAGAGGUUUAACUACCGCCACGGGCUCGUCAGCUCCAAAUGACGCGGAGGGCGAUUACUCUGCCAUUCCUGGUGUACCCGGCAUUGAUUAUCCCCUUUUUAGUCAAGUGCCUCCAACAAAUUUUGAUUGCGCUCAACAGGCUCUGCCAGGUUAUUAUGCCGAUAUUGAAGCUCAAUGUCAAGUCUUUCAUAUAUGUGCUCUCAAUCGUACUUAUUCUUUCCUGUGCCCGAAUGGGACCAUAUUUAGCCAAGAGGUUUUGGUCUGCGUUUGGUGGAAUCAAUACGAUUGUGCUUCAGCUCCAAGUUUAUACGCGAACAAUGCAUUCAUUUAUGAUUACGGUACCGAAAGAAUUCCGACUAAUGCCGGCUAUCAAGGUGGUGCGCCAACGCAACAAAUCGGUCGCGGACAAAGCAAUUUACUAAGCAAUACCGGUAGAACAUCGGCUGGCCCCGCUAGCGGUAUAUUCGGUGCUAAUAAUUUGCGUGCCAACCUACCAGGAGCAAAUAAUAUUGCCAUACAAUCUAAUACUUUAUCGACGGUACCAUCGGCGGUUGGUCGUUUCAAUCCUUCGGUUGUUGGUAACGCACCUUCUCAAGCAUUCCCCGGCGCUACAGCUUCUACGUACGGCGGCAUAUUACGCCCUGCAAAUGCAGCCGUAAGUUCUGCUGGGGCGGGCAAUACAGCCGCAGCCAAUUAUGGCGGAGCUAUACAGGAACCUGCCUACUCAAACGCUCGAGUCGCUACACCAACUAGCAAUCGAGAAUACUUGCCGCCUCGUCGAAAUUAAUUUUACAAAAUUUAAAUAAAUCAAU